UAGAAACAAAUUGCACAGUCCAUCAUUUUUGUACAAAAAACUGGUUCUAUAAAUUCUCUUAACAUGUUUCAUCGUUAAUCACACAAGCAAACAUUUUUUACGGUAAUUUCAUAUACAAUCUCAAACUUUCUUGCUUAUGGCUGAUCCAAUUACUGCUGCUGUUGUCGGUUCUGUAGUAGCCGGUGUUUUUACUUUAACCGCCGCAGCAGUUGCCGGAUCAGUCGCAACGGCAGGCUUGGGAUACCAAAUUUGGAAAGAUAGACACAGCAAAAGUACGAGGAAAAGAGAGUGCAGAAAGAAUCUGGAGAAAAACUACAAGCUGCUCGACAUGAACUUACAAAAACUCGCAGGACUGGCCAUUGAUAUGGAGAAGGCAGUCGUUAUGAAAGCGGGGAGUAAGGAUACGAGCAGUUUCAAGAUUUGGAAAACCCGCGCGGAGGAGAUUCGGGUGGAAGCGAAAGGUUUGUUUGCCGAAUAUGAAGGCGUUAGCAAAUGCAGGAAGAAGAAAAUCAAAUAUUUUUUCAGCCUAAAGAUGGAGGAAAAGUGUGCGGAAAUCACCAAACUUGUGGAGGAGGCUCAAUUUAUGAUUUUGCAUUUCUAAUAUUGGCACCAUAUGUAUAAGAAAUAAAUGUAUUCUCGGCCGGUUUAUGUCGUUGCUCGUGUUGUUACCACCGUGUUGCUCCUUCUACGGUGUCUUCAAUGGCGGAACUAGAAAUAAAAUAUAAAAGAUAAAAUGUUCAUAUCUA